AAGUAUGACAUGAUGACACAUGUGUAGUUGUAGGACUUUGGGCUCAAAUAAUACCAGAUAGUCACCCACAGACGUUUCAGUGAUCUUUCUUGUUACGAUGACAACUGACGUGCUGAUGAUUGUUGCAGUGUUCUCUACCAUUAGACGCUGAAUCGAUCACUUGAUGUACACGCAUGACGGCAAAAGGAUUGUUUGGUGGUGCUCCUCUGUCAUUCUUUCCCUUAUGAAAUUAAAUGUGGAUACGAGUUGAACACAAAAAGGAAAACAAGUUAGGUGGUACAUCCAAAAGAUGGCGCUCAGCGGACGCCUGACUGUACCGGUACUCAUCAAGAUACGAUGUGGGCUGUACGCUUGUCUUAUUUUCUUCAGCUUCUUCAUCUUUGCCGGAGUCGGCUCCAUGAUGGUAAAUAAUGGCAGCGUUUAUCAAUAGAUAGAAAUAGUUGAACGUGUUUAUAAUUGAUGGAAUCAUUAGUGGUGGUCAGGGCCUGAUGACCACACACAGAUGUGUUCCUAAAAUAAAAACAAAGAUAUUUGCCAAAACCGAUGGGUCAAAAUUGUUGUUUUUAAAUUCCCUUUAGUACGAGUUAAGUUUCAAAUCAUGGAAAUUGGGCGUCCACUCUUAUAUACAAACUGUGAAUUUGUCUUCCACUCUCACAUACAAACUGUGAAUUUGUCUUCCUUUCUUAAGUACAAACUGUGAAUUUGUCUUCCACUCUUACAUACAAACUGUGAAUUUGUCUUCCACUCUAACAUUAAAACUGUGAAUUUGUCUUCCACUCUCACAUACAAACUGUGAAUUUGUCUUCCUUUCUUAAAUGCAAACUGUGAAUUUAACUUCCACUCUCACAUACAAACAGUGAAUUUGUCUUCCACUCUUACAUAAAAACUGUGAAUUUGUCUUCCUUUCUUAAAUACAAACUGUGAAUUUGUCGUCCACUCUCACAUACAAACUGUGAAUUUGUCCUCCACUCUCACAUACAAACUGUGAAUUUGUCUUCCUUUCUUAAAUACAAACUGUGAAUUUGUCUUCCACUCUCACAUACAAACUGUGAAUUUUUCUUCCACUCUUACAUAAAAACUGUGAAUUUGUCUUCCUUUCUUAAAAACAAACUGUGAAUUUGUCUUCCUUUCUUAAAAACAAACUGUGAAUUUGUCUUCCAUUCUCACAUACAAACUGUGAAUUUGUCUUCCACUCUCACAUACAAACUGUGAAUUUGUCUUCCUUUCUUAAAUACAAACUGUAAAUUUGUCUUCCAUUCUCACAUACAAACUGUGAAUUUGUCUUCCACUCUCACAUACACACUGGGAAUUUGUCUUCCUUUCUUAAAUACAAACUGUGAAUUUGUCUUCCACUCGCACAUACAAACUGUGAAUUUGUCUUCCACUCUCACAUACAAACUGUGUAUUUGUCUUCCACUCAUAUAAACAAACUGUGAAUUUGUCUUCCACUCUUACAUACACACUGGGAAUUUGUCUUCCUUUCUUAAAUACAAACUGUGAAUUUGUCUUCCACUCUCACAUACAAACUGUGAAUUUGUCUUCCACUCUCACAUACAAACUGUGAAUUUGUCUUCCAGUCACACAUACAAACUGUGAAUUUGUCUUCCACACUCACAUACAAACUGUGAAUUUGUCUUCCACUCUCGCAUACAAACUGUGAAUUUAACUUCCACUCUCACAUACAAACUGUGAAUUUGUCUUCCACUUGAUGCUUCACAUCAAGCCAGCUGCGACCGUUCACAUUCAACAAAUCGAAGCUGAUCAAAUGCUUAGAGACAGUCUUUGGUGUCGGUCAUUUUUUACUCGACACAUUUACGAUUUUUUACCUGAUUUUUUUUUUUUUUAAAUCAGUAAAUCGACAAUCCGUCAGACUAUAAGGUAUGUCAGCUGUCAAAAAUUACUAGAAUGUAUGUCACACCAGACUUGGAUGUAUUUCACACCAGAAUAGGAUGCAUGGCACACCAGACUAGGGUGGGUAGCAAAUAUUAGCGCUCAAAUAUAUUUGGAAAAUGAACAAAAAAUUCUAACAAGAAGUCACAGAAAUACAUGAUUUGUUAUUGUUAAUAAAACUAAUCAUUUUAUAAUAGUGUUAACGAACAAAGAUGUAAUUUAAGGAUAAAGUUGAAAGCUUGGAUUUGCCAUUAAAGCAUGAAUGUGGGAUAGAGCAACGAAUGGACUAUUGAAAGGGGACAGCAAACACACAAUAUUUAAUUCUAGACAAGGGUUUCCAACCUGGGCUGCUCGUACACAAAGGAUGCGAGGUGGCACAUCAAGGGGUUGGAGGUGGCACAUCAAGGGGUUGAAGGUGGCACAGCAAGUGGCGGGAGAUGCCACAUCCAGUAGUGGGAGAAUGCCACAUCAACCGGUGCGAGGAAAAGGAAUUGCAAGAAGAGACAUUAUCUUUUAGCUAUGAUAUAAAGUAUAAACGUGAAUACAUUUUUUAAACACUACGAAUUUCAAUCAAUAAUGCAGAAGUCCAUUAUUUUCACUGUUGCUUUUGUGGGAGAUGCGGGGCUAGUUAAAUAUUUCAUGAGGCCUUCGAGACGAGUUUAAUAAUUCGUAAGGUCUGAGAGAUAUAGAAACGAUAUCGAAUCACUGUUCUAGACCGAAUGGAGACUAAUAGAAAAACAUUUCGACAGUUUUAUCUGCUGCAACAGGUUUGAUAUGAAUGUCAACAACUCAAACAUUAUUUUUGAUAGCCAUAAACAAAUUUUUCUUAGAGUAACAACACACAUUUGUCAUUGAAAUCACCCACUAUGAAGUAAUUUAAUUGUUAAUGUUGUUUUUGUUUUUUUUCGUCCUCACCAGUCCAAGGUUGGAUGUCCCCUCAAUGGCUCUCAUUUUGGGAGUUAUCUAACCUACUACGCUGGUAGCUGUUACUUCGCCUUGGUUGUGUCCAUAGUGUUCCAGCUCAUCUAUUGUGUAUUUCGUCUGAUCUCGACCCUGUUGUUGAAUUUAGGAAUCCUCGGAAAUCAGUAAGUUUGUAUUCAAAGGUUAUAUUAAAUGAGUAAUAAGUGUGUGAUUUGCGAUACUCCUGCAGUCAACCUAAAACAUAGUACAGCACAAAACAUAAUACAAUAUACAAAAUAGUACAUGGCAAAACUUGGUACAUUACAUAACUUGGUACAAGCACAACUUGGUGCAGUACAUAACUUGGUACAAGCACAACUUGGCGCAGUACAUAACAUGGUACAAGCGCAACUUGGUACAGUACAUAACUUGGUACAAGCACAACUUGGUACAAGCACAACUUGGUACAGUACAUAACUUGGUACAAGCACAACUUGGUACAGUACAUAACUUGGUACAAGCACAACUUGGUACAGUACAUAACUUGGUACGUAUCCAGAAAUUUGAACGAAAUAGAUUUUGAAGACGAUAAAUUGAUCCACGGUAAUUUGAUCGAACGGAAAUUUGGUCGAACAUUUUUUUCUUCAGAUUUACGUUAAAAUUUUGCUUCUAAUUUCUUUUUGAACGCAUUAUUUUGUUUUACUAUAUGGUAUAGUGCGUUCAAAAAGAAAUUUGGAAAAAAUUUUAACGUGUGAAGUGAAAAAAAAGGUUUGACUAAAUUUCUGUUCGAUCAAAUUACUGUCGAUCAAUUUACCGUCGACGAAAUUUCUUUCGAUCAAAUUUCCGUUAACUAACUUGGUACAGUGCAUAACUUGUUACAAUGCAAAAACUUGGUACAGUACAUAACGUGGUAAAAUGCAAAACUUGUUACCGUACAUAGCUUGGUACAAUGCUAAAAUUGACAAAGUACAUAGCUUGGUACAGUACAUAAAUUGUUACAAUGCAAACUUGGUACAAUGCAAAAUUUGGUAAAAUUCAAAAUUUGGUACAAUGCAAAACUUGUUGCAAUGGAAAACUUGAUACAGUACAUAAUUUGUUACAGUACAUAUUUUGGUACAAUACAUAACCUGUUACAAUGCAAAACAAAGAACAACAACAAAAUUUUAAACGCAUUCAUUUUUGUUUAUAGAGGCCCCAAGUGGAUACAUUGGGGGUUUACUGUAGCUCCUGGAUGAACACUCGUGGAUAACCCCAUUUAGAACUACUGACUUAAUCUUUCCUUUCCAGACUGUUCAUCUACGGGCCAAACUUCCAGGUGAUGUACGUCAUCUUUGAGAUGAUUGUGACACUUUUCAUCUUCAUCUCAGCGUGCACCCUCUCGGCCGGCGUCAACACAACAUGCAACAUACUGUAGUGAGUACCUGAUGACGUAGUGCAUGUUGAGUGCUCAGUGUCCACAGCUGAUGGCCAAACCAGUGAUAGAAAAUAGGCUUUUAGAUAUAAUAAAUAAGUGCUUGAAACACCAAAGUAAGAAAAAAUAGACUUUUAGAUAUAACAAAUAAGUGCUUGAAACACCAAAGUGAUAGUCAAUAGACUUUUAGAUAUAAUAAAUAAGUGCUUGAAGCACCAAAGUGAUAGCAAAUAGACUUUUAGACAUAAUAAAUACGUGCUUGAAACACCAAAGUGAUAGUAAAUAGACUUUUAGAUAUAAUAAAUAAGUGCUUGAAGCACCAAAGUGAUAGCAAAUAGACUUUUACACAUAAUAAAUACGUGCUUGAAACACCAAAGUGACAGUAAAUAGACUUUAGAUAUAAUAAAUAAGUGCUUGAAACACCAAAGUGAUAGCAAAUAGACUUUUAGACAUAAUAAAUACGUGCUUGAAGCACCAAAGUGACAAUAAAUAGAAUUUUAGAUAUAACAAUUAAGUGCUUGAAGCACCAAAGUGAUAGCAAAUAGACUUUUAGACAUAAUAAAUACGUGCUUGAAGCACCAAAGUGACAGUAAAUAGAAUUUUAGAUAUAACAAAUACGUGCUUGAAGCACCAAAGUGAUAGCAAAUAGACUUUUAGACAUAAAAAAUAAGUGCUUGAAACACCAAAGUGACAGUAAAUAGACUUUUAGAUAUAAUAAAUACGUGCUUGAAGCACCAAAGUGAUAGCAAAUAGACUUUUAGAUAUAAUAAAUAAGUGCUUGAAACACCAAAGUGACAGUAAAUAGACUUUAGAUAUAAUAAAUAAGUGCUUGUAACACCAAAGUGAUAGCAAAUAGACUUUUAGACAUAAAAAAUACGUGCUUGAAGCACCAAAGUGACAGUAAAUAGAAUUUUAGAUAUAACAAAUAAGUGCUUGAAGCACCAAAGUGAUAGCAAAUAGACUUUUAGACAUAAUAAAUACGUGCUUGAAGCACCAAAGUGACAGUAAAUAGAAUUUUAGAUAUAACAAAUACGUGCUUGAAGCACCAAAGUGAUAGCAAAUAGACUUUUAGAUAUAAUAAAUACGUGCUUGAAGCACCAAAGUGAUAGCAAAUAGACUUUUAGACAUAAAAAAUACGUGCUUGAAACACCAAAGUGACAGUAAAUAGACUUUUAGAUAUAACAAAUACGUGCUUGAAGCACCAAAGUGAUAGCAAAUAGACUUUUAGAUAUAAUAAAUACGUGCUUGAAGCACCAAAGUGAUAGCAAAUAGACUUUUAGACAUAAAAAAUACGUGCUUGAAACACCAAAGUGACAGUAAAUAGACUUUUAGAUAUAACAAAUACGUGCUUGAAGCACCAAAGUGAUAGCAAAUAGACUUUUAGAUAUAAUAAAUACGUGCUUGAAGCACCAAAGUGAUAGCAAAUAGACUUUUAGACAUAAAAAAUACGUGCUUGAAACACCAAAGUGACAGUAAAUAGACUUUUAGAUAUAACAAAUACGUGCUUGAAGCACCAAAGUGAUAGCAAAUAGAAUUUUAGAUAUAACAAAUAAGUGCUUGAAGCACCAAAGUGAUAGUAAAUAGACUUUUAGAUAUAAUAAAUAAGUGCUUGAAGCACCAAAGUGAUAGCAAAUAGACUUUUAGAUAUAAUAAAUACGUGCUUGAAACACCAAAGUGAUAGCAAAUAGACUUUUAGAUAUAAUAAUAAAUACGUGCUUGAAACACCAAAGUGAUUGCAAAUAGACUUUUAGAUAUAACAAAUAAGUGCUUGAAACACCAAUGUGAUUGUAAAUAGACUUUUAGAUAUAACAAAUAAGUGCUUGAAACACCAAUGUGAUUGUAAAUAGACUUUUAGAUAUAACAAAUAAGUGCUUGAAACACCAAUGUGAUUGUAAAUAGACUUUUAGAUAUAACAAAUAAGUGCUUGAAACACCAAUGUGAUUGUAAAUAGACUUUUAGAUAUAACAAAUAAGUGCUUGAAACACCAAUGUGAUUGUAAAUAGACUUUUAGACAUAAUAAAUACGUGCUUGAAACACCAAAGAAACGUAUGUCUUUUUUUCCGGGGAACUCCUCUAAAGCAAUUUUCCCUACAAGUGAAAGACGAAAAUUAUUAUUUAUUUUUUAAAAACUAUAUUUACUCUUAUUAGGACGAUACCAGAUCUUAACAAGUUAAGAAGACAAAAUUAAACUGGUGGACAGCAAUGUAAGCAAAUACUAAUGAACUAUUGAGGUCACCUUAAGUUGUGUUGAUGUAGUGUUUUGCCUCGAUAAUAGUUGAUAGAAAGGUGAGGGAAGGCUGUUGGUAGUGGGGGUGGAUCACUGUCACCCAAAACCCAUGACGUAUGAUGCGUGCUCCACUGAUCUGAUGGGAUUAUAACUAAGUACAUGUUAUCAUACCACCUUAUCUUUGCCGUGUCCAUAAUACUUGUUAGUUGUACCCAGAGCUGUGCGUGACUUAUGUGGGCCCACUGCGCAUUGUCUCUUUUUAUUAUCAAGUAUUCAAAGCAAUUUAAAACACUGCCUUUUAAUUGUGUUCCACAUCUCACAUGUAUACAAAGUCGAUACUUAAAUAACUGAGACGCCCCCCCCCACCCCCUUGGCCACCGAAGCGAUGCGUCCACAGAUCCAAAUAUUGUGUAGAGCAUUGUUUCAUUCUGUGUGUCAUGACGUGAUAUGCAUCAAGGUUGCUGUUGUAGUGUGUCGUGAUGUACAUCAGGUUGCUGUUGUAGUGUGUCGUGAUGUGAAUUAAGGUUUUAUGUUGUAGUGUGUCGGGGUGCAUGCUAUAUCAACGUUGCUGUUGUAGUGUGUCGUGAUGUGAUAUGAAUCAAGGUUGCUGUUAGUGUGUCGUGAUGCACAUCAAGGUUGAUGUUGUAGUGUGCCGUGGUGUGUGCUGCAUCAAGGUUGCUGUUGUAGUGUGUCGUGAUGUACAUCAAGCUUGAUGUUGUAGUGUGUCGUGAUGUAAAUCAAGCUUGAUGUUGUAGUGUGUCGUGAUGUACAUCAAGCUUGAUGUUGUAGUGUGUCGCGGUGUGUGGUGCAUCAAGGCUGCUGUUGUCGUGUGUCGUGACGUGAUAUGCAUCAAGGUUGAUAUUGUAGAGUGUCGUGAUGUACAUCAAGUUUGCUGUUGUUGUGUGUCGUGUACAUCAAUGCUGUUGUUUUGUGUGUCGUGAUGUAUAUCAAGGUUGCACUUGUAGUGUAUGGUGAUGUGAUAUGCAUCAAUGUUGCUGUUGUAGUGUGUCGUGAUGUUGUAAGUAAUUCUGUUUUGUUUGUUUCAGCUGCACAAACCAAAGCUGGUACUCGGCUGCUAAAGCUGCUCAGGUCAGGUGUUGGUAGAAUAGUGUACAGUAAUGUACUGUAGUGUACUGUGAUGUACUGUAAUGUACUGUAGUUUACUAACGAUCCACUUAACCUACUUGAGUAUUAUAGUACAGUGGUCUGAUAAUUGGGGGUCCGUCCAAAUAAUAUUUGAGGUUGCAAGAGUUGAUCUGCUUGAUAACGAGACGCCCGCACUCGUACACUUGCUGUAGGGCCUUCCGGUGGUGGAUUUAGUUUGGGCGGCAAGCUCUCAUCUUUGGUAAAAAAAAUGUUACAUUAUUUUGAUUUAUUUUUUUUUUACAACACAGACAGUCCCCCCCCCACACACACACACACACAUCUGGGGGGGGGGGCGGAAGGCUAUUAAAAAAGAGAGAUUAUUUUAGCUUUGCAUCGCAACAAGCAAGGAUCGAAUUUGAAAGUGCUCACACAAACUCAAAUCAACCGCCCCUUAGUUGGUUAUUUUGUUACCGUUUGUUAAAAAAUAUAUCUUUGUUUACUAUUCAAUUGAGAUAUAUUUGUAUGCCUUUAUUUUAAUUGGUGUGUAUGAUGGUAGAUAUGUUGGUAUUUUAAUUCAACUUUUUAUUUGAUGUGUAAAUGAGUUGCGUCUUAAAUUUUCUUCCGAGAAAACAUGUAUGUUAUAAGUGUAUAUUUAAUUUUACAAUAAUCAAUAUUGGGACCGCUGGGACUACCAAUAAAAUGUUUAAGUGUAAGUUGUUUUUUUUUUUAUAUCAUCUCCAUCCAGUGUUAGUGAAUGAAUUUUUAUGUGAUAGUUUUAUUGAAUUGUAUCUAAAUUUUUAUAUACAAAAUGAAAGCAUUGAAUGGUUGUUUGUAUUUUACAGGCUGGGGCGUGGCUGAGUACGUUAAUUUACGUUACUGCGGACAUUGUCGGAGUUUUGUUCUUGAGGCGAACCAACGCCUUGCCUUGUGGGCGCUCAGCGAGCACGCCGGAAGUUACGUUCACAGCAGCUUCUGGUCACCAUGACGUUGUGGUCGCUGGCGCGGUGGGCUAUCCGAAUGCUUCAGGGGCGUAUUUUUAUUCAGGUUACCCUAAUCCGGAGGCUUAUCCAGUCGAGGGAUCGCCUAAUAAAACCGGUUACCCCAUUGACCGAGCCCAUUCGGACUACUCCACGCCGGGUCAACAUUUUGUACCCAUUUCAUUGGACGACCCGCCCCCUCGAUACGAUGAUGUCGUCAAACAGGAAACAUCAACUGGACAACAAUGACACGAACGAUUUUUAUAUUUUAAGCGGUUUUUAAUUUUUUUAUGAAUGACAUGCAUAGUUUGAUCGAUAAUGUCUCUUUCUGUAAACACAAAUUAUGAUCAUAAAAAAUGUUCAAAACUUUACAUGAAUUUUUUGGGGUCAGUUUUUGUCUUUCAGUAAGAAUUGUAUCUUGCUCAACACGUUUCCCAUUGACAUCAAUGUUUGCAUUCGAUAAGUGAUUUUUUUUUUAAACUGAGAUUUUGGCAACAAACCAAAGAUAAUAUUUCAUUGGAUAAUAGACACGUUGGCCUUAUAACUUACCUUUAAAAAAAAAAAGUAAGUUAAUAUUUGGUCAAACGUGAAACGGUAACAGUUUUGUUUACGGUCACACUUAGACGAUUGAUGCAAAAGGGAGUAGAGACAGACAGAGCGCAGUUUGAUCUUGGCCAUUUUCAUUUUAGUAACCAUUGUGGCAAACAGUUUAACCCUGCUCUGGUACCAUGGGGUCAUGGGGUCUAUUUGACCCCAGCCCUCCUUGGGCGGUGUUUCUUUUGUUAAAACUAUGACGAGUAGUGACCUCGCCUGCCACGUAUUUUAUCCUAAGGCCUUCCUAAGUACGUGACACAUGUUCAAUAGUUUCAAAGUAUUUCCAAUUAUCUAUUAUUUAGGUUUAUUUUCGCUUGGGGUCAAAUUGACCCCAUAGUUCCCUCAAUGUACUGAAUGUAUUUUGUUUCCUUAUUUCAACAUUCUGUGACAUUUUGCAAAUGCAAUAAUGUGAAAUAUUUAUUUGGAUUUUAUAACACAAUGUCAUACCAUAGUAUGUCAAGGAAAACAAAAAAUUCGAAUAAAGUGCUGUUAUUCUCGUGAUAUAGCAUGUUUUUCUCCAUGGGGUCAAACUGACCCCAAAGUACCAAAUGUGUGACUUUUUUCAUGGCACCAGAGCAGGGUUAAGAAACAUGAACCACGUGUUUAACAGAAACUUUCAUAUGUGAAAUAAAAAUAUUUAACAGAAGACAUAAUUGCCGAUGUUUUGACAUGCAUUCUAUAUUAGGCCUACAUAUUGUUUAAUAGGCCUUCAUAUUGUUUAACAGGCCUACAUAUUGUUUAAUAGGCCUACUGAUUGUUUAAUAAGCCUGCUGAUUGUUUGAUAGGCCUGCUGGAUAAUUAAUAGACCUACUGAUUGUUUAAUAGGCCUGCUGAUUGUUUGAUAGGCCUGCUGGAUAAUUAAUAGACCUACUGAUUGUUUAAUAGACUUACUGAUUGUUUAAUAGGCCUGCUGGAUAAUUAAUAGACCUACUGAUUGUUUAAUAGACCUACUGAUUGUUUAAUAGACCUACUGAUUGUUUAAUAGACCUACUGAUUGUUUAAUAGACCUACUGAUUGUUUAAUAGGCCUGCUGAUUGUUUGAUAGGCCUGCUGGAUAAUUAAUAGACCCACUGAUUGUUUAAUAGGCCUAAGAUCAUUAAAAGAACUAACAGGCCAACCAUAAAAAGAAUUGUUAACUUCUCACAAUUGAGAUUAUAAAAAUAAUAGAGGUUUUUUUCAUAUUUGUCUUUAUUGCGAUGCGAGCGAAACAGAGCGUGUAUUAUUAGUAUUAUAUUUC